AUGUCUGAUAACGCUACCGUCGGUGACGUCGUCGCUGCCGUCGGCCCCCUCCCCCGCGUGACUAUUCAAUUCUGCACUCAGUGUAAAUGGAUGCUCAGAGCGGCAUAUGUCGCUCUCCAACCAUCGACAGGCGGCACAUUCAUCGUCACGAUAGACACGGCUGAUACUACCGCUGCCACCAACACCACCAACACCAUCAGGUCUACCUUGCUCUGGGAUCGCCGCAACGACGGUGGCUUCCCCGAGACCAAGGAGCUCAAGAGGCGCGUCAGGGACGUCAUCGAGCCGGGUAGACAUCUCGGUCACGUCGAUCAUCACGGCGGCGGUCCUUCCACUCCUGCCGUCCAUCCUGCGGGUGUACCUGUCAGCUCUGCUGCCCCCACUCCUGCUACUUCUGCUCCUGCUCCUGCUCCUGCUCCUGCUGUCGACGACGAGACUGCACAGACACCUGCGCAGUCGGAGGAUGCUCGCUCAGGUGCGCCGCGAGACUGCCAGGACUGUCAAUGA